AUGGCUUACAACAGGAUCUCCUCCUUCGGCUCCAACGAUAGCGGGUACGAGAGUGGCAUCGUCGAGAUCUUCGACGAGCCUUCCCUACCUCUGAACAAGAAGACGGACCACGCCAAGGACGUUGCAAGACGUCGACAGCAGCUCCUCGCUUCAGAGUUAUCGAGGAGGGAUUCCGAUGAAUACCAGAAUGACAUGCUUGAGCAUAUGCUGAAGAUGGACGCCGACACCAUGCCGGACGUGGACGCCAUUGACAUUCAGACAGAGAUCCAAUGGUUUAUGAGGCCAUACCUGCUUGACUUUCUGGUCGAAGCUCAUUCCGCUUUCCAACUCCUACCAGAGACUCUGUUUCUCACAAUUAACCUUCUGGACCGCUACUGCUCCAAGAGAGUCGUCUACAAACGUCACUAUCAACUGGUUGGUUGUGCUGCUUUGCUCAUUGCAGCAAAGUAUGGAGACAAGAAGGAGAAGGUGCCCACAAUCAAGGAGCUCAAGUCAAUGUGCUGCUCACUCUACGAUGAUGAUAUGUUCUUGCAGAUGGAAUGGCAUGUUUUGUCGACGCUGGGCUGGGCCAUCGGUCAUCCCACCGUUGACUCGUUCAUGCGUUUGGCCGUCAAGGAUAAUGUCUAUGACCCUGAGGCGGAAAGCUUGUGUCUUUACAUCUUGGAGAUUGCUCUCUACCACAGGGAGUUUGUGUCAAAGCGAUCAUCCACCCUCUCUCUAUCUGCGUUGGCUCUUGCCCGACAUAUCCUUGGCCGCCCUCAAGCCCGUGUCAACGAGUUUGGGUCCCACUUCUGCAGCACCACUGUGAUGGAAUUGCUGAACAAGGUCCACGAUCCUUCAUCUAUUCUCACACGGAAGUACGCCUCUGUCCGCUACAAUAGCGUCUCGCGAGUGCUAUCAAACUUCCUUGCGCAGAAGGCGACUGCGAUGUCUGCUUCGACCAGAACACCACUGACCCCAAACUAUGAGCUCACUCCACCUUCAGUCAAUGCCAAACCUGCAGGUACUGAAUACUUCCAGACCUAUGCCACGCCACAAAAGCCCCAAUUCCCCUCAGUUGUUCAGCAUGGUCUUUAUACGCCGCCUAUCACUCCUGAGGGUGACAUGUUUGGUGUCACACAAAAGACCUUUGGAGCCCCGAACCAAUACGCACCUCCCACCCCGACCCCUACCGCCGUCAUCGGCCAGCAAUACUCCUCUCAAUACCCCUCGACCACCAAUCACUGGAGCGCCGAAUCCUACUAA